AUGCCUGCUGCCACGAACCCAGAUUCUCGCUCGCCCUCUCCUACACCUGCCAGACCCAUCGCCGAGACACCUGGACCACGCGCGCAAGGUCUAAUCAAUGUCUUUAACCAAGCCUCGAAAGCGACUCUAGAUAAGUGCUCGGCCAAGAACUUUGCUUCAUGCUUCCCUACCGCUGCGCAAUAUAGUCCCGAAGUGCUGGACAACCUGAGGGGGCAGAUUGUGGACCAACUUGAUCGAACAUGGAAGACCAACUUUGAGGAUAUUAUGGAGAGAAGGAACGUCGUUAAGCUGCUCAACUCUCUAGACCAAUGUAUAGAGGAUGCCAGGCUCAGAAAGAAACGAGCUGAAGAAAGCGCAAACGGUGGGCCUGUGGAAACACCGGUGCCACCUCAUACUCUUACACCUUCUGAGAUUCACUUGGCCCACCUCAUGCCCUUUCUUGAGAAGCAAGCUACCGACAUGAAUGCCAAGCUCAUUGAGACGCAACAAUCGAACACGGAGCUGCUAUCGACCGUGGCAGCACAGCGCGCAGAGAUCGAAGCGCUGGUAAGGGGCCUGGAGAAUAUCAUACAAGAUCUGGAUGCUAGCGCGCAGACAAUGGCCCAAGACGAUGUGCAAGAUUUGAGCAAGGAGACUAGGGAUCUAGAAAAGGCAUUGCGAACAUGAUUUUACAGUAGCGAUGCCGCACUGAAGAACAAUUACGGGCUCUUAAGCAGAGCGGGAGGGAACUAAGAAACUCCCCACAGUUAAGAGUCGCCGUUCCGCGAAAACAGGGCUGGGUUUGCGCUCCCUCGCACGAAGCGACGUUUAAGAAGGACAGCCACAUGUCUUUGUAAGCUACGAAGUAGUCUCUGUCCCCAGAGUCCUUGCACAGGAACACAAGCCUGUGGUGAUAUGCAAUAUCCCAAACUACUGGGACAUGCAGAUCAGAAGUGUUGGCGGAUGAUGGCUGUCCUUGGGGAAUUGUAUGCUUCAGGACUUUGUAUACAGCAUACAGGUUUACAUGUGUUGGAGCAUAUGGUACACCAAUAGCCAUGAAAGCAACGCGAGUGUGAAUCAGGCGAGCAGGCAAGAGGAAAGAUGGCAGACAGGGUGACAGAGAUAAAAGUUUCACAACUGCAGCGGAUGUUUAUUGCUCUUGAU